AUGAAAUAUGAUUCUUGCAGUCCCAUCAUCGCCAUAUCCAGCUACAGCGUGGAGCCCUACGGCGACGGCACCGAUGCCCCGGUCUGCACAACCGCAGCCGAUGGCUUCUGGCCGAUCCUCUACUUCGUGGGCAGCAUCACCGUGUUCUUCUUCUUGCCCUUCGGCAUCCUGGUCCUCCUGUACGCGGCCAUUGCCUACAAACUGUUGCGUCCGAACAAUGCCUUCCAUCGGCCUACAUCUCCGCAACCUCAGUCGGCGGGUGGCACGACAGCGGCCACCUCACAAGGGCCGGCCAGCUCCAAGGGAAACAGCCACCAGCAGAGCAAUGGGAUGAGGAAGCACCGGAAGCAGGUGAUUUUCAUGCUAGUGGCCGUGGUGUCCAGCUUCUUCGUGUGCCUGCUGCCAUUCCGCGCCUUCACCCUCUGGGUAAUCCUUGCCAGCGCCGAUAAUGUGGAGAGCCUGGGCAUCGCCGGCUACUACAAUCUGCUGUACUUUUCGCGCUUUAUGCUCUACCUGAACUCGGCCAUGAAUCCCAUCCUGUACAACCUGAUGUCCUCCAAGUUCCGGAGCGGUUUCUGGCGGCUGCUACUCACGUGUCUCGGCCAGCGGGCGCAUCAUCAUCAUCAUCGUCACCAUUACCACCAGCGGCAGCAUCCGACAGCUGGCGAAAGUGGACGGAAUGCAUCGCGCCGUCAGGAACAAGAUGCCGAAGAGGGUGCCACACUGGCAGGUAGCUCCGGGGCCCGCCCACCUCGCCGCACCCUUCGGCGCGAGGCUACUUUCUUGAUAAACUCUAUUUCCACCUCUUCGGGCACGGAUCGCACUACAUCUUCGUCCGCUUGGCGCAGCAACAGUUUAUCCAUUUCCGGCCUAAGCGAACGAGAGCGGGGCAUCCUGGGAGCCGCCAUCAUUGGCACAACAGCGGCCACCGUCACCACCGCUUGUCUGCAGGAGCGGCGAGCCAGCAAGAUCUAA